UUGGUAUAAGAACAAACUUAGUUUCAUAUUUGACUUUUCUAAGUUCGCUGUGGACCUUAACUGUAGCUGGUCGGUCCUGUGCUGUUCACUGACCAGAGAGGCCGAACCACGUUGCGUUUUAAUACAGUACAACUGGCAAGAUUAACUUGGUCGUUCCGUAUCGUCCACGACACACAAACGUGUAACGUCAUGGCGACAGACCUUGUUUCACAGUUGGCCGACUCCUUGGCCAAAGCUAAAGUUGAAGAAGCAGAGCUGAGUUACAAAGGACAAUGUAGAAAGCUCGAUGAUUCUAAAUCAGUUGAAGAGAUUGUGAAGGAGAUCGAGAACUUUGAAGGCCUCCAAGCUCUGCGAUUGGAGGGCAACACAGUAGGUGUUGAGGCUGCAAAAGCCAUCGCCAAGGCCCUCGAGACAAAGAGCCAGUUCAAGCGCUGUUACUGGAGUGACAUGUUUACUGGCCGCCUCCGCUCUGAGAUCCCGCCUGCUUUGAAUUCACUGGGUGAUGCUCUAACGCUGGCAGGUGCCAAGCUGACGGUUUUAGAUCUGAGUGACAACGCCUUCGGUCCAGAUGGGGUGAAGGGCAUUGAGCGGUUGCUCAAAAGCUCCUCCUGCUACACUCUGCAGGAACUACGACUCAACAACUGCGGCAUGGGCAUCGGAGGAGGGAAGAUCUUGGCCGCUUCACUGAUCGAGUGCCAUAAAAAGUCAAGCGCCGAAGGUCCUCCCCUAAGCCUGAAAGUGUUUGUCGCCGGGAGGAAUCGUCUGGAGAAUGACGGAGCCACAGCCCUCGCUCAAGCUUUCCAGUUAAUGGGCAGCCUGGAGGAGAUCCACAUGCCCCAGAAUGGCAUCAACCACCCAGGCGUCAAAGCCCUGGCGACCGCUGUACAGCACAAUCCAAACCUGCGCACCCUCAAUCUCAAUGACAACACCUUCACUGAGAAGGGCGCUGUUGCCAUGGCUCAGGCCCUGAAACAUUUACGAAGCAUCCAGGUGAUAAACUUUGGCGACUGUUUGGUGCGGCCAGUUGGAGCCACAGCCAUUGCUGAAACUGUUUCGGAAGGACUGCCAAUUUUGAAGGAACUUAAUUUGUCAUUUGGAGAGAUAACUGAAGAAGCUGCACUGGCAGUGGCCCGUGCAGUCAAGAACAAGAAUCAGCUGGAAAAACUGGAUUUAAAUGGUAACUAUCUUGGAGAGGACGGCUGCAAAGCUCUGAAAGAUUUCAUGGAAGACAUCAGCAUGGGCGAGCUUCUGGCAUCGCUCAGUGAUGAUGAGGGUGAACCAGGAGAUGAUGAAGAUGACGACGACGACGAUGAAGACGACGAUGAUGAUGAUGAGGAGGAUGAUGACGAGGAGGUAGAUGAAGAGGAAGUUGAGGAGGAGGAGGAGGAAGAAGAAGAAGAUGAUGAUGACGAUGAGGAAGAAGAAGAGGAGCAAGAUUUCAAGACUGGCAGCAAGUUUUCCACACCGCCGUCAGCGCCGCGACCACCCGAUGUCUCAUCCUUUCUCAGCUUUCCAUCGCCGGACAAACUGCUCAAGCUGGGGGCCAAAAGAGCAACACUGAUUGAGCAGCAGGUGGAUGUGUCCGAUGCAAAGAAAACAGCUGAAGCCUUUCUUAAAAUUGCAUCUGUGUACAAAGAGGACAAUCAUGACGUGAAGAAUGCAGUUUUGGAAAGUGUUGAUGCCCUUCUUCGGAAAGCCUUUUCUUCAUCCGUCCAAGGCUAUGAUUUUGUGUCCUCUUUGCUAGUCCUGCUGGGUCUUAUUAAGAGUGAGGAUAAGUUGAAGCCCGUGUCGGUUGUAGCCGGUCACCUGCAGGCCUUGGAGCACGCCGUUCGACAGGACUACUUCCCCAAAGAGAGCGUGGCCGUGCUGGAGGCCUUCAUGUCCCGAAACAACAAGGCUUUGGAGUCCUGUGGCUCUUCUCUACACAAGCUUCAGUCCACCAUACAGAGGAUCCGCACAGAGAGCUGAAGACUGCGAAUGAACAAACAAACAGCUUUAAUGGACCUCUGAGAACCACCAUACAUUUGCUCCAAUUUGAGUCAAGGAUGCAUCUUCCUCAUCCAAAUAAUCGUGACUGCAUUUCUUUGAAACUGGAUGCUUGUUGUGCGCUAGGACAUGUAGUACUUUGUUGCAUAACACCUUGAUAAUGAUCCUCUUUGGAACUGCUGACGUCUUAAAAAAAUAAAUACAAAAUUUUGAGACGGUCAGGUGGCAUUCACCUGCUGGCUCUACACAACACAAUAUAUUGUACUAUGUACUUAAUGACUUCAUUUUAGGCUUUUGUACAUUUUUGUUAUCAAAAUUUACUUUUACUUUUUUUUUUUUUUAAUCUUGUUCUUGAAGUUCAGUGUGUGUAAUGUGUGCUAUGAAUGAGCUGCUAAAUAUAAAAGUAAAGGUUUAACGACAAAAGGGAUGUUUUGUAUUUUCUGGCUUGAGUCACUAGCUUGUUAUGGCUCUGCAUUGUUAAAAUAAAUUGAGUUGUCAUCUUGUU